AUGGGCGACCGCUCUCGGAGCAGAUCUCCAGGUCAGAGAGACAACCGUGACCGCGAGCGGCCACGGAAGACUGGAGGGUUUCGAUGGAAGGAAAAGAGGCGCGACGACGAUUCCCGCGCCGGGGAUGAGCGCCGGCUCGACCGGGGCUAUCGAGACCGAGGAGACCGGCCACGAUCACCACGACGAGACCGCGAUGCCGACAGGUACGGAGACAGAGACCGACAUAGGGAAAGCGAGCGUGAGCGCGAUCGGGAUCGGAGACGGCGCGAAGAGCGUGAUGAGCCCCGCGAAGAGGGAGAGGUGAAGAAGGAAGAAAAGAAGAAAGAGAAGAAGAAGGAAAAGAAGCCCAUCAUCCAUCAGUCCUCUGAACCGAUGAUUGUGGUGCAUGUCAACGAUCGUCUGGGCACCAAAGCCGCGAUUCCUUGUCUUGCCUCGGAUCCUAUCAAACUCUUCAAAGCCCAAGUGGCAGCCCGCAUUGGCCGCGAGCCCCACGAGAUUCUGCUGAAGCGCCAGGGUGAGCGCCCGUUCAAGGACCAGCUCACGUUGGAGGAUUACGGAGUGAGCAACGGAGUCCAGCUUGACCUGGAAGUUGGGACCGGCGACUAA